AGAGUUGUGUGGUGUUGGAAACCCAGCCCCUUGAUUUGUUGGGUGAGGGGCAGCGACCCUGUCACCUGGCAGGCGACUCGGAGCUCCGCGCGGUGCUGACAUGAUGACAGUGUACAGGCCAGCCAAGGGCAGCCACAGCCAGACUGCAAACCUGAGCUAUAACUUGGCUGACAGGGUCAAGGUGAAAGGCCCUGGGGCUGGAGGAAACCCUGGGAGGCAGCCAUUUAAGCCCUCCAUUCCUUUCCGAGAGGUCGACCAGGACUCCCACAGAAGCUCCAUAGAAAGCCUCCACAGCCUGACGCUGGAGCCGAGAGCGGACUGUUUCUCGAAGGACAUGUUCAGCUCAAACAUGAUCAUCAGCGACCCAGCUUCAGAGCGCAGUGCUGAAGAAGCCAGCAGGGCCGGGAGGAGGCAGCUCGGGGGUCUUCCAACCCCCUGCCCACCUGCCCGAGGCAGGGCCGGGCACAAGUCCCUCAGCAUAAAGGACAAGAUAUCCGAAUGGGAAGGGAAGAAGGAGUGGCCCACUGCCACAGCUGGCAGGAAGGCAGACGGGCCUGAGGCUCACCUGCCGCCCUGUGUGGCCGAGAGGACAAGGAGCAAUGGGGGGCGAGCUCGGGUCUCAGAGGCUCAGAACGGAACCAGGCCAGAGGCGGAGAGCCAAGAGAAGGAGAGGAACAAAGGGGUGCUGAGAGUCGGGGCCCAGGAUGCGGAGCGGAGGCAGGACCUCGGCCAGCCAGACAGGGAGCUGGCUUCGAGCCCAGCCGGGGGCCCCAGGCCCGGCAAACCGCGCCUUCAGCACGACAGCCUCUCUGUGCAGAAGCAGGUCAAGAAACUGGAGCAGGCGCUGAAGGACGGCUCGGCGGGGCUGGACCCCCAGUUACCGGGGACCUGUUACUCCCCCCACUGCCUGCCAGACAAGACAGAGGAGGGGGUCUCCCUCCCUGAGAACCGGGGGUUCGGGAGCGGCUCCGAAUCCAGGUGCCACCCCUGGGACCAGGAAGCCCGGGCGCUUGCCCAGGAGGCUGUGGAGGACAGGAAAGGCUGGUGCUGCCGGCCCGGCGACCAGGGCCCAGACGGUGUGUACCGGGGCUCCGAGGGCAGCCCCCACAAACCUUUCAUCAACCCCCUGCCCAAGCCCCGGAGAACGUUCAAACACGAUGGAGAAGGGGACAAGGAUGGGAGCCCAGGCCCCAGGUUCAGGAACGAGAAGCGGAACCUGCCUCCCCUGCCCUCCCUGCCGCCCCCGCCCCUGCCCUCCUCCCCGCCCCCUCCGGCCGUGAGCAGAAGACUGUGGAACGGGAGGCCCAAGCCCAGCGCCGACCACAGAAAGUCCUACGAGUUCGAAGACUUGCUGCAGUCGUCGUCCGAGAACAGCAGGGUGGACUGGUGCGCACAGACCCAGCUGGGGCUCACUCGCACUUUAUCGGAAGAGAACGUCUACGAAGACAUCCUAGAUCCGCCAGUGAAGGAAAACCCGUACGAGGACGUUGAGUUACAUGGUCGCUGCCUGGGGAAGAAGUGUGUCCUGAACUUUCCUAGUUCUCCCACCUCUUCCAUCCCUGACACGUCCACCAAGCAGCCAUUGUCCAAACCUGCUUUUUUCCGGCAAAAUUCAGAGAGGAGGAAUUUCAAGCUGCUGGACACUAGGAAGCUGAGUCGGGACGGAACUGGGUCACCUUCCAAAACCAGCCCUCCCUCCACCCCCAGCAGCCCUGAUGACACUUUCUUUAACCUCGGAGACCCACAGAAUGGCAGGAAGAAGAGAAAGAUACCCAAGCUGGUGGUGCGCAUCAAUGCCAUCUAUGAGGCCCGGAGAGGAAAGAAACGGGUGAAGAGGCUGUCGCAGUCCACAGAGAGCAACUCGGGAAAAGUGACAGAUGAGAACAGCGAGUCUGACAGUGACACCGAGGAGAAGCUGAAAGCUCACAGCCAACGCCUGGUCGACGUGAAGUCCCGCCUCAAGCAGGCCCCACGAUACCCGCCGCUUGACCGGGAGCUGGUCGAGCACCAGGAACGGCAGCUCUUCGAGUACUUCGUGGUCGUGUCGUUGCACAAGAAGCAGGCCGGGGCCGCCUACGUGCCCGAGCUCACCCAGCAGUUCCCGCUGAAGCUGGAAAGGUCUUUCAAGUUCAUGAGAGAGGCUGAGGACCAGCUGAAGGCGAUCCCCCAGUUCUGUUUCCCUGAUGCCAAGGACUGGACUCCUGUCCAGCAGUUUACCAGUGAGACCUUCUCAUUUGUCUUGACCGGAGAAGAUGGGAGCCGAAGGUUCGGUUACUGCCGAAGGCUACUGCCUGGUGGCAAGGGGAAACGUCUCCCUGAGGUCUACUGCAUUGUGAGCCGCCUGGGGUGCUUCAGCCUCUUUUCAAAGAUCUUGGAUGAGGUGGAGAAACGGAGAGGCAUCUCCCCUGCCCUGGUCCAGCCCCUCAUGAGGAGUGUCAUGGAAGCCCCCUUCCCAGCCCUGGGCAAAACCAUCAUGGUCAAGAACUUCUUGCCAGGGUCAGGAACCGAGGUGAUUGAACUGUGCCGCCCACUGGACUCUCGGCUUGAGCACGUGGACUUCGAGUCUCUCUUCUCCUCUCUGAGCGUCCGCCACCUGCUCUGUGUUUUUGCCUCCCUGCUUCUGGAAAGGAGGGUCAUCUUCAUCGCGGACAAGCUCAGCCAGCUCAGUAAAUGCUGCCACGCCAUGGUGGCGGUCAUCUACCCCUUCGCCUGGCAGCACACCUACAUCCCCGUGCUCCCGCCCGCCAUGAUCGACAUCGUGUGCUCACCCACCCCCUUCCUCAUCGGGCUGCUCACCAGCUCGCUGCCGCUGCUCAGGGAGCUGCCGCUGGAAGAGGUCCUUGUGGUUGACCUAGUCCACAAUCGGUUCCUCCGGCAGAUGGACGACGAGGACUCCAUUCUACCCCGGAAGCUCCAGGUAGCCCUGGAGCACAUUCUGGAACAGAGGAAUGACCUGGCUAGUGAGCAGGACGCAGGGCCCCUGGACUGCAAGCAUGGCCCUGAGUCCAGCCCCUUGAACGAGGUGGUGUCGGAAGCCUUUGUCCGCUUCUUCGUGGAGAUCGUGGGCCACUACUCCCUGUUCCUGACGGCCGGGGAGCGCGAGGAGAGGACCCUGCAGCGCGAGGCUUUCCGCAAGGCCGUGUCCUCCAAGGGCCUCCGCCGUUUCCUGGAGGUGUUCAUGGAGACCCAGACAUUUCGGGGUUUCAUCCAGGAGCGAGAGCUGCGCCGGCAGGAUGUCAAAGGGCUGUUUGAGGUCCGAGCCCAGGAGUACCUGGAGACGCUCCCCAGCGGGGAGCACAGCGGAGUCAAUAAAUUCCUCAAGGGACUAGGCAAUAAAAUGAAGUUUCUCCACAAGAAAUAACCCUCAGCUCACCCUCAAGGGAAAACUUCCUCUUGGUGCAACCACUGUUUUAGGAGCAUUUCUGAUGGCCCCUCUGAAACGCUGGCCUCGGCCUCCCCGGUGCUGCGCCAUGGCUGAUGGCUUCCCGCCACGCAGCCCCGCCAGAGCCGCCUGGAGGUGCCGCUGCCUCUGAACAGCACUGAAGGGGACCGGAGGCCCACGUCAGAUGGAUGGUUUUGGUCGUUGGCUUUUGGAUUCUUGGUAUUUUUAAUCGUAGAUAUUAAAAAAGGAAACGUAUUUGGGUUUUUUUUUAUUAUGCCAGGGCUAAGAGAAACCUCCCCUGCCUCUGUCAUAUGUUUUCCUUGGCUCAUCCUGCCUGGCAGCUGGACUGUGCAGCCCAGUGGAAAGGGGGGGGGAGGGUCAGCCAGCAGGGGCCCAGUCAAGUGUUCCUCUGGACAAAGCUGGGAACAGGCGGGGUGCUGGUGCGGCACCCCCAGCUCCGGGACUGGAGCCCUCUUGGGAAAGGAUUGGCCUGUGGCGGAGUGGAGCCAGGUCUGGGGCUGAAGGCAGAAGGGGAACCUGAGGGAAGUGGUUUCGCUGGGGGAGCCUGGCCUGCGGGCGGACGGGCGGGCCAGCCGGUGAUGCCUUCUGCUGGCCACGCACCUCUUCAGACCUGCCUCUCAGAAGCCACGCUCCGUCCAGGGCACACACCGAAAGUGGACAUCCCGUGUUCAGAUCUCCCCGAAAAUGCUCGUGGGGCCUGAAGGCUGAUGGUGCUGCCUGGGCGCCCUGAACUACGCCAGCCAGGCCUCGGUGCCCUUCCCACCUGCAGGGAGGAAACCUGCCCGUCUCCGGUGGGGCCAGAGCAGCGGACAUGACCCCUGCGUGCAGGCUCACCGACUUGCACUGCUGAUGUUAACACGAGGGAGGGAGGGAGCAGCCGAACUCGGGGACCCAUCAAGCACUUGACUCCCCUGAGCAAGAGCAGAAAGGUGCAGGGGGAACUUCCGAGGCUGGGAGCUGGGAGAGAGCACAGAGGUGCAGCACCCGCUGGUUCUGCCACCGCCACGCGCCACACUGAGGAGCCCCUCUGGAUGGAACCAGCCACCCCGAGAUGCACAGAGGAGUAAGCUCUGACCUGGCCACAGGCCAGGAGUCUCUGCUGCCCGACAGGGUCUCCUCUUCUAGGAGCUGGGAGCAAGGGCUUUUCUGAGGAAAAAAGGAGAACGAGGCAGGGGCCGAGGUCCCAAUCUACAUCAGGGUUUCUCAGCCGGGGCCUUGGGGUACCCCUCUCUUGUAUCCAGGAUUUGUUAUAUCCAUUCAUUUUUCAGGGGCAAGGGUUCAUCGUUUACAUCGGAUUCUCAAGCCAGCGCAACGCCCCCCCAAAAUGGUAGGACCCAGGCUACAUAAAAGUGAACCUAGGGGGGUGUGGCUGAGGGUUGGGGAGACCACUGAAAGAGAAUCUCUGAGGGUGGGGCUCAGGAAUUUGUGUCUAACACACUCCUCAGAUUAGUUAACUUUAUAAAUACCAAUAUUAUGCAUAUUUUUCUAUUGCCCAGAGAUGAUCACUCUUAAUAUUUUGGAAUAUACUUUCUUUUCUAACUUAUUUCAUGUUAUAUUGUUUACUUAACAUUUCCAAGUGAAUAAAUA